AUGGAUCAUGCUGAAGAAAAUGAAAUCCCUGCUGCAACUCAGAGGUACCACGUGGAAAGGCCUAUCUUCAGCCAUCCAGUCCUCCAGGAGAGACUCCACACGAAGGACAAGGUCUCAGAAUCCAUUGGGGACAAGUUGAAGCAGGCAUUCACAUGUACUCCUAAAAAAAUUAGGAAUAUCAUCUAUAUGUUCUUGCCCAUUACUAAAUGGUUGCCAGCUUAUAAGUUCAAGGAGUAUGUGCUGGGAGACUUGGUCUCAGGGAUAAGCACUGGAGUGCUUCAGCUUCCUCAAGGCCUGGCCUUCGCAAUGCUGGCUGCUGUUCCUCCCAUAUUCGGCCUCUACUCUUCGUUUUAUCCUGUUAUCAUGUAUUGUUUUCUUGGAACCUCCAGACACAUAUCAAUAGGUCCUUUUGCUGUUAUUAGCUUGAUGAUUGGUGGUGUGGCUGUUCGGUUAGUACCCGAUGACAUAGUCAUUCCUGGAGGAGUGAAUACCACCAAUGGUACAGAAGCCAGAGAUGCCUUGAGGGUCAAAGUUGCCAUGUCUGUGACCUUACUCUCAGGAAUCAUUCAGUUCUGUCUAGGUGUCUGUAGGUUUGGAUUCGUGGCCAUCUACCUCACAGAGCCUCUGGUCCGUGGAUUCACCACUGCAGCGGCUGUACAUGUCUUCACCUCCAUGUUAAAAUACCUGUUCGGGGUUAAAACAAAGCGGUACAGUGGGAUCUUUUCAGUGGUGUAUAGUACAGUUGCUGUGUUGCAGAAUGUUAAAAACCUGAACGUGUGUUCCCUAGGCGUCGGCCUGAUGGUUUUUGGUUUGCUCUUGGGUGGCAAGGAGUUUAAUGAGAGAUUUAAAGAGAAACUUCCAGCACCCAUUCCUUUAGAGUUCUUUGCGGUGGUCAUGGGCACAGGCAUUUCAGCUGGAUUUAACUUGCAAGAAUCAUACAACGUGGAUGUGGUUGGAACACUUCCGCUGGGGCUACUCCCUCCAGCCAACCCAGACACCAGCCUCUUCCACCUUGUGUAUGUGGAUGCCAUUGCCAUAGCCAUCGUUGGAUUUUCAGUGACCAUCUCCAUGGCCAAGACCUUGGCAAAUAAACAUGGCUACCAGGUGGAUGGCAAUCAGGAGCUCAUUGCCCUAGGACUAUGCAAUUCCAUUGGAUCUCUCUUCCAGACCUUUUCAAUUUCUUGCUCCUUGUCUCGAAGCCUGGUUCAGGAGGGAACUGGAGGGAAGACUCAACUCGCUGGUUGUUUGGCCUCAUUAAUGAUUCUGCUGGUCAUACUAGCCACUGGAUUCCUCUUUGAGUCACUACCUCAGGCUGUGCUGUCCGCCAUUGUGAUUGUCAACCUGAAAGGAAUGUUUAUGCAGUUCUCUGACCUCCCCUUCUUCUGGAGAACCAGCAAAAUAGAGCUGACCAUCUGGCUGACCACCUUUGUGUCCUCCUUGUUCCUGGGAUUGGACUACGGUUUGAUUACUGCUGUCAUCAUUGCUCUGCUGACUGUGAUUUAUAGAACUCAGAGUCCGAGCUACAAAGUCCUGGGACAGCUUCCUGACACUGAUGUGUACAUUGACAUAGAUGCAUACGAGGAGGUGAAAGAAAUUCCUGGAAUAAAGAUAUUCCAGAUAAAUGCUCCAAUUUACUAUGCAAACAGUGACUUAUACAGCAAUGCAUUAAAAAGAAAGACUGGAGUGAACCCAGCUCUCAUAAUGGGUGCAAGAAGAAAGGCCAUGAGAAAGUAUGCUAAGGAAGUCGGAAAUGCAAAUAUUGGCAACGCAACAGUGGUCAAAGUGGAUGCAGAAGGUACCAAGCCUGAAGAAGAUGGCACUAAGCCGGAAGAGGAGGAUGGCGAAGUAAAAUAUCCCCCAAUUGUCAUCAAAAAUGUAUUUCCUGAAGAACUCCAAAGAUUCAUGCCUCCUGGGGAAAAUGUUCACACAAUCAUCCUGGAUUUUACACAAGUCAAUUUUAUUGAUUCUGUUGGAGUGAAAACCCUGGCAGGGAUGGUAAAGGAAUAUGGAGAUGUCGGUAUUUAUGUAUAUUUAGCAGGAUGCAGUGCACAAGUAGUGAAUGACCUCACUCGGAAUAGGUUUUUUGAAAAUCCUGCCUUAGAGGAGCUGCUAUUCCACAGCAUCCAUGAUGCAGUCCUAGGCAGCCAACUUCGAGAAGCACUGGAACAAGAAGCCUCGGCCCCCCAGGAAGACCUGGAGCCCAAUGCCACGCCCACCACGCCUGAGGCAUAG